AUGUCUGAUUCCAGCGGAUCGUCGUUCGAUUUACAGAGAAACGUUCAAAACUUCAAAAAAAAGGUUGGUAUACCCAGUUUUUUAUUUAAAGAAUCUAAAUUAGUUAAACAAAAGUGAAAACGAUUCCCAUAAAAUAGUAUAUUUUAAAUAUACAUUAUAAGUUCCUACCUAGUAUAUUGGUAUUUUUUCGACAGACACCAAUAGAAGAGGUCAAAGAUUUAAAAAAACACGGAAAUGCAGAAUUUUCAAAAGGAAAUUAUUUAAUGGCCAUCAUACAUUAUACGCUAGCCAUAUCAAUAUGUACAGAAGCAGAGGCAAUAGUUUUAUCAAUUCUGUUUCAAAAUCGAGCUGCUGCUUAUGAUAAAUUGGUAGGUAAAUUAAUGACUUUGGUCAGUUUUGACAAGAAAAAACUGGUUUUUCUUUAAAUAUAGAUUAUAACAAUGGUAGUUAUUGCUUAUAUUAUACUUUCAGAAUGAUAAUGAAAAUUGCUUGGCUGAUUGUAACAAUGCCCUGGCUUUGGUACCAACAUACAAAAAAGCAUUAUCCCAAAGAGCCAGAGUACUUUCAGAAUUAGGCAACUUUAAACUCGCUUUAGAAGAUAUUANUUUCCAUCAAAAACGUUUAUUGAUAAUUAUUUGAAAUCUUUCUGUGAUGAUCCAUUUUCUGAAGAAUUUGCACUGACAUUAUUAAAAUCAGACAUAAAGUAAAUAGUAUUUAAUAUAAAUCAUAAUAUGCAUUUAUUAUCAUUUAAAAAUAAAUAAAUAGUUUUUAUUACAUAUGAUAAAUAUAUAAUACAAUGUAUGUAUUAAUUAAUUUAGUACAGGUUUGGAGUAUGCAAUAAAAUGUAUUCAGAAUCAAAAUUACGAAAACAUAGAAAAUGCGUGUCAAGAAGAAUUAAAGAAAACUGAUAAUAGUUUGAUUCGUAGAAGUUUGGCAUUAAACUUAUUAGCUACUUUUUGUAUACUGCGUGGGAAUAUUGUUGCUGGCAUUGAACAUCUUACUACUGUCAUCGAAAAUCUAAAUGUUCCUAACAAGGUAUAAUAUUAAAGUUUAUAUAUUUAUUGGUAAUUAAGAUUAUUAAAAUAUAUAUUAUUAUCAAUACAAAUUAUGAUAGAGCAAUUACAACACAAAAAACAUAACAACUUUUAUUGAUAACGUGUAAAAUUGAUAAAAUACUUAAUUUAACCAAUUCGGAAAUUUGAUACCUUAUUUUAAUAUUAGAGUCCAUGGCAUACUGAUUGACAAAUAUACUUCCAUAAAUCAUUAUAUGCUAUUACUUGGUUUUCUUAUUUUAUUCAGUUGAACUAAUAAACAAAUGUCCAGAUUGAGCAAUUUACAUGAGAAAUUAAAAUUAAGAGCGGUACUUUAAAAUCAGCAGUUAUGCAGAUAUGAUUUUUGUGAAUAAGGGAAUAGGUACAAAAAAAAUGUUCACUGUUUUUUUAAGUUUUUUUUUUUAUAGUUUUGUUUCCUUAAAUAGUGAGUAGAAUAUAUUUAUGUGUAUAUAUAUAUAUAUAAUUUUUUUUUGAUGUAGACAUUUAAGGGGAGAAAACGAACUAAAUAAUUAAAUCUUUCUAAGUUAUAGGGAGUUUUCAGCAUAUUUUUUUUCCAAUUAAUAUUAAAGUUUGUUUAUACAUGGUUAAAUAUUAUCAACUUUAUUUCAAUUUUUUUUUUAUUUUUUUUUUUUUUUAUUUUAUUAAUGUAGUUAUAUUUUUGAUAGUUAAUUAUAAAUUCUUUAAUAAAACGAGCAUCUGGUUAUCACCAACAAGAAGAAGUUGACAAAUGUAUUGAGGAUUUCAACUUGGCUGAAGCUAUUGAUCCCAACAGUUCUGCAGUAUAUUAUCACAGAGCUCAAGUAAUAUACAGAGCAUAAGAAAAAACUUAAAAAUUCCUACUGUAGUAACAAAAAUCAUUAAUUUUUUUUAGAUUUGUUUAAAUGAAAUGUACACUGAGAAAGCGGUUGAAGAUUUCAAAAAAGCAGUGGAAUUGAAUUCUAAGUUUGUAUUGUAUAAUGUUCAUUAUUAUUUUGCUCGAUACCAACAUGCCAAAAGUGUAUCAAAUGAAUUGGAUGUAGAAAAAUUCUUGAAAAAAUUGAAAGUAUUUUCAAAUAAAUACCCAGAUAUUGAUGAAAGUUUUAGACUAUAUGCCCUGGUAGAAAAAUAUAUUAUAAAAUAGUGUAGAUUUUAAAAUUAAAAUGUGUCUAUUUAUGUUUAUAAAGGCUCUGUCAGAAGAAAAAGCUUAUGAAGAAGCAGAUUUAUUGUUCAAAAAAGCCCAUGAAAUUCAUCCAGACAAUGCUACUUUUCUAGUACAAAGAGGUAAUCUUGUGUUUUUUGAAUGUAAAAAUUUCAGGGUUAGGGUAGAUAGUGUCGCACUACCUAGAAAACAUGGACAUAACAGAGAACUUUGCUAUGAAUUUGCUAUGAAAAUGAGUGGUAACUGGAGGAAAUAUGAAAAAAAAAAAGCUGAUACUGAGGAUGGGUAUCCCACUGUUGUACAUUUGAAGUUGGAAAGUAAUGCUACACAAAGUUAUUUUAUUUAUGUCAGAAUGCAAUGUUAA